UCGCCCACCAUGCAGCGCUGCGUGGAUGAGGCUUUGACACAGGCCGCCGGCGAUGCCCCAGCCCUGGCUUCGGCGUUGCGACACUGCGCCACGCUGGCGGCUGCAUGUGUAGAGGCAAACUUUAUGGAGCCAUGGGAGCCACAAAACGUGGCACAGAUCUGUGGCUUGAAGCUUCCAGCUGAAGAGGGCGCAGCUCUGGGUGCCCUGUGGUCUCAACUUUGGGCUUUCCUCGGGUGGUACAACGCUGUACAGCUCGUGAUCAUUCCGUGGGUUUGUCUCUGGAUGUUUUCCAGCUCGGUCCUGGGUUUGGCGCGCUUCGCGCGCUUCCAAUACCAACUCUUCCGUAUCAGUAUUGACACGCUGCUUUUGAUGCUGUUGUCGAUUUUGAUUCAGAUCGAGGACAUUUUCACAUUAUGUGCUCAAUGUUUGCACGCCGGUUUGAGCAAGUCCGUGCGGAAGUAUUUCCGCCUUGAGCGGGACCUGCACCGUGCCACCACCUAUGCGGACUAUCGCAAGGCGGAGGAGGCCAUGCAACACUUUCGCUCCAAGCUCGGCUCGCAGUCGCAGGUCUGCCGCCGGCCUUCUGGGGCGCGCUUGGCGUGUAGCUGCGAGGAGCACUUGCAGAUUUUGCAUUUGGAGUUGGAGAAGUCCUUGGAAGCCAAAGGUACCGAGGACCUAGCAAAGUUGGAGCCUCUCCUGGUAGAUCAAGCGGGCGGCGUGGAGUGGACAAAGAUUCCCAACGCAGAGCAGUACUUGGAAAAGCUGUGCCGCUGUUUAGAGGCCCUUUGCCAGCGUCGGAAAGACGAAGCCAGUCCUGCGCUCAAGGACUGGCUGGUGGAUCGUCGCAAGGCCAUUGGGCGCACGGCGCUGUGCCUCAGUGGCGGCGGCAGUCUGGCGAUGCACCAUAUGGGCGUUUGCCGCUUCCUCCUGGAGGAGGGGUUGAUGCCCAAAAUCGUCAGUGGCGUGUCCGGUGGUUCCAUUGUGGCUGGUUUCCUGGCCAUCCACACCGAUGAAGAGAUCUUGAAACAUGUCUUCGUUCCGGAAAUUCCUCAGCGACAUGCGCCUCAUAGAUGGUUCCCUCAUUGGUGGCAGGAACUCUUGAACUUCAUGCAGCUGGGUGUGCUGGUGCCUACGGAGGAUUUCGAAAACACUUGUCAGGCCUACUUCGGCACCUGGACCUUCGAGGAGGCCUUCCGUCGCACGGCGCGGCCCGUGACCAUCGUCAUCUCCUCGAACUUCUCCCGGAAGCUGCCAGCCUGCGUGAUGUUGAAUCACAUGACGUCGCCACGGGUCACCAUUGCCUCGGCGGUGGCGGCCUCCUGCGCGGCCAUUGGUGUCAUGAAACCGCGGGGCUUGGUGGUCAAGGAUCCAGUGACUGGAAACCUGGCGCCCUUCAACGUCUUGGGCGAGUCGUUUGCGGAUGGCUCCUUCACAGCGGAGGUGCCCAAGGACUACUUGCGCUCCUGCUUCGGGGCCACACGUUUCCUGGUGUCGCAGGUGAAUCCGCAUGUCUCGUCCUUCAUGGACGCCAAGGGCGGGGUACUCCACAGCCUUCGGGGGCAUUUUGGUUUCGAUCUUCAGCAACGUGCUCGCAUGCUCUCGGAGUAUAAUUUGUUGCCCUCCUUCUUUGGUCGCGCUAUGUGCCAGGCCACGAAGCACUUGUCCCAAGACUUCCAGGAGAACAAGUCGGGGCUCACCGUGCACCCACCCGAGGUGGGCUUGGCGUCGGUGAAGAGGGCCAUCUCCAACCCCUCCAAGCGCGACAUGGAGCGCUACAUUCUUCAAGGGCAGCGCAUGGCCUGGGAGAAAGCGCAUGAGAUUCGGAUCAUGAUGCUCUUAGAGGCCGCAGUCACUCGUUGCUUGGAAAGGGUGGAGCAUCAGGUUCCACUGCCCUUCUGCCAUUUGCAACCACCACCGGAGCCCAACGCCAAGGUCCAAGUUCCGGUGGAGAUGGUGGAGGAUGAGCGUGCUUGCGGCAGCUGAGAGCACUUGACACGCUUGGGCCAAGCCAUAACAGAUGCACCUGUUGAGUGGUGGA